ACCAUCAUUUGAAGCCUACACUCUACUUUUGUCCAUUCCGAUCGUCGGCUCAUUUUGCAGUUUGCUCGACAGCGAUGCAGCGACUCAUUAGUGCGUACGCGACCUUUCUCGGUCUCCCGUUCGGACCGGAGCUCGUGUCCAUGGUGUCCAGCCCAAGUAGCCUGCAGGAGAGCAACGUGAACGACGCCAUUGCGUUCAUUGAAGCCCAGCGCCAACGCUUCCACUACCCGGGUCUCGCCCUCGCCGUCGUGCAAGGCAACCAAACGUUGAUUGCCCGCGGCUUUGGCACCAAGCAGUUUGGUGUGACCAACGAUCCCGUCGACGCUGACACGCUCUUUGAGCUCGGGUCCGUGUCCAAGACGCACGUGGCCAUCGCACUCGCCAAGCUCGUCGACGACGGCAAGCUCCAGUGGCACGACACUGUCAAGCAGCACCUCCCGUGGUUCACGCUUCAAGACAAGUACGCUGAAGAAGCCACGACGAUCGGAGAUCUCGCGUCGCACAACUCGGUCCUUGGUGACCACGAGGGCGACGAGCUGCAAAUGCUGGGUGUCAUUGCCUCGGAGCGCGAAGGCAUCGAGCGGCUUCGGUACAUGAACACGACGCGGAAGGUUCGCCCGGGCUUUGCGUACUCGAACGUCGGCUUCAACGUCCUCGGUCAAGUGAUUGGGGCUGUCUCGGGCACUCACUGGAGCAAGUAUAUGGCGACCGAGAUCUGGCAGCCGUGGGGCAUGACGUCGACGUAUGGCACACCCGCAGAUGCGCCAGCGUCGCGCUUGACGCAUGGACACAACACGUGCAAGGACGUCGUCAUUGGCCCAUUCGCGCUGACGUCAUCGAGCAUGGCCAAGCUCAGCCCCACCGUCCCAAUGCUUGCAGCGGGCUCGAUUGUCUCGUCGGCCAACGACAUGGCAGCGUUUCUCAAGCACGUCUUGGCCAAGGGCGGGGCGACGUUCAAGUCGCCGCAGUCGCUGGGGGCCAUCUACUCUGGUCACGGUAUCAUUGAGCUACCGGACCCGAGUUUGUUCAUGGCCACGCUUGGUCUCGACGCGACGAGUUUGGAUGGCGCCGGGAUUAUGACCGGGUACGGUGUCGGUCCUAUUGGUGAUCUCUUCUUUGGCGAGCGCUUUGCCAUGAAGAACGGCGGCAACAAAGCGGGCACUUGCACGACAGCAUACGUACCAGGGCGAGGACUCGGGCUCGUUUUGCUCGCCAACAAGGCGUCCAUGGGCGGGAAGGCGCAUGACGCGACGCUCCUCGAGCUCAUGCGCUCGUACGUCCUCGGUCUCUUCCUCGGCAUUCCCAAGGAAACAUUGACCGAAGUCUUUGAACGCGGGCUGGCGGUCGCCGACAAGAUCCCCGACACGCCCUGUGACCCGCACUAUUUUGAGCAGCAGCCGUGGCCCAAGAGCAACAUCACAGUGCCCAGCUCCAGCGUCCUUCCUGGCACGUACUUUUUGGAUACGUCGCCCGACUACUUCGGCCCGAUUGUCAUCUCGCUGCGGAACGGCAGUUUGCACUUUGCCUAUGGCGCCAUCAGCGUCGACCUCAUUGCGGUGAGCGACACUGCGUUCGUUUUGCCGUACGACUUCAUGGCGGCAGAGCUCCUUAUCUCGUUCAGUAUCCCAAAGACGGCUGGGACCAAGCCGACGCUCAACUUUUUUGGCAAGUCUGCCCACCAAGUGUAGACAGCCAAUGCGGUCAGAGGCACAAGAGCGUCCCUCUGACAUACUAGGACGUAAGCCCCUCAGCCAAGGAUAUCAGUAUGAUGUGAUCGCAUAUUCAAG